UUUAUGUUCCUACGGUGUUUAGACCCGGAUUGUAUCAAACAUUUCAAAUUGAUAAGUACUUACACUUUAGUAAUCAUGCUGUAAGAGGAUCAAAUGAUACAGAAAUGGCAGAUACAAAUCCAGGUCACCCGAAUCCUGCAGUAUUUGUUGGAUAUGCUCAUUUUGCAUCGCUUGAAACCACACAUGAUGGUUUUCACGUAAUAUUCGGUGGUGUAGGUGGUCAUAUGAAUUAUCUAGAUAUAGCUGGAUUUGACCCAAUAUUUCCUGAUAGUUGGAUUCCGGAUAGUAUUGAUGUAAACGGAACUUAUACAGAAGAACUUAACACUCCAUCAAAUGAAAAAUCAGACCUAACACCAUUCCGAAAAUCAAGCACAGAAUUUUGGAAUCCUUCAGACGUUCGAGAUAUAGAAAAACUUGGCUAUACUUACCCUGAAUUGGAAAAAUUUAAAGGUCAAGAUCCAAAAAAAUUACAAGCUUAUCUUCUUGAACUCUAUAAACCAGAUCCUCAUUAUGGGCGUAGAUUUUACGUAAAGUUGACUAUUGAAGUGGGUAAAUUAGUUGGAACAUAUUCUGUUAGAGUUUUUCUUGAUUUACCCGACGCAAAUGCCCAAACACCAGUAACUUCACCUCAUUUCGCUGGCUUAAUUGCCAUGUGGCAUAGUACUAAUAAUAGCCAUGCUGCUAAUAAUACUUUUACGGUGGGAAGUGUUGAUAUUACAGCAUGUAUGGAACGAUUAGGAAUUCGAAUGGAAAAACAUGAUUAUGUUAAAGAUGUUAACGCUACAACAGGCGAGGUAAAACCAACUUCACUUUUCGAUGUUAAUGAUGAUAUCACCGUAGUUCCUGUUAGGUCGGAUGGAAGUGAAGUUAGUCCGAAAGAUGCCGGAGUUAGUUCGGUUGACGUUUAUUCAUUCGAACACGAUGAAGUAGAUAAAAAUUUCUUGGUCGAAAGCACUGGUCAAUAUCAUGGCACUAAAAAAUUUUGA